AUUUCAACUCGAUUUACCCAUUGCAUGUCAAAUGCUUGUCAUCUUGGAUUUCUUGUGAGUUUUCUAACGUCCAUUUACUAAUGAAAAGAUCUGGAUUUAUGAUUCUGAUUCCCAGGCCAUUUACCUACCAGAAAGGUCCAAGACAAAGCCCAAAAGCCCCAUGUCCGUGACGCCAAAUUUUAGGCCGCGUACCAGCAAUAGACAGCAACUUGGGUUAUCCUUAAUAUCUUACCCAACACCAACAGAUAAUUGAAGCACCUCUAUUCUUGGCGGACGGAAAAAUUCAGGGAAGGAUCAGUCUAGUAGAGUGUUUGCUUAUGGAGAGUUUACUGCAGGCGCCUUAUGAUGCUACGGUGCGGUUGAUGUUGGCUUCUCUGGAGCGGAAUUUGCUGCCCGAUGCUGUUAUAAGGAAGCUAACACGGUUGCUCUUGGCUAGCCGUCUCCGCUCUGGUUAUAGACCCUCCGCUGAGCUCCAACUCUCUGACCUCCUCCAAUUCGCUCACUCUUUGAAGGAGAUGCCUAUAGCUAUCAAGACAGAUAAGCCUAAAACUCAACAUUACGAACUGCCAACCUCUUUCUUCAAGUUGGUUCUCGGGAAGAAUUUCAAAUACAGUUGUUGUUACUUCUCCGAUGGGUCGAGAACUUUGGAGGAUGCUGAGGAAGCAAUGUUUGAGCUGUACUGUGAGAAGUCACAAUUGAAAGAUGGGCACACAGUUCUUGAUGUGGGGUGUGGAUGGGGUUCACUUUCUCUGUACAUUGCCCGGAAAUAUCCCAAUUGCAGGGUCACAGGAAUCUGCAAUUCCACCACACAGAGAGCUUUUAUAGAGGAGCAAUGCCGGGAUCAUCAGUUACAGAAUGUGGAGAUCAUGGUUGCAGACAUAAGCUCAUUUGAAAUGGAGGCAUCAUUCGACAGGAUAUAUUCCAUUGAAAUGUUUGAGCAUAUGAAGAACUAUCAGGAUCUUCUCAAGAAGCUGUCCAAGUGGAUGAAACAGGAUAGUCUUCUUUUUGUUCAUUAUUUCUGCCAUAAAGCAUUUGCUUACCACUUUGAGGACAUAAAUGAAGAUGACUGGAUAACUAGGUACUUCUUCACAGGAGGUACAAUGCCUUCAGCUAAUCUGCUUCUUUAUUUCCAGGAUGAUGUUUCUGUUGUCAAUCAUUGGCUUGUGAAUGGGAAACAUUAUGCACAGACUAGUGAAGAAUGGCUCAAGAGAAUGGACCAAAACUUGGCUUCCAUUAAGCCAAUAAUGGAGUCAACCUAUGGCAAGGAUCAGGCUGUCAAAUGGACCGUCCAUUGGAGAACAUUCUUUAUCGCUGUUGCAGAACUUUUUGGAUACAAUAAUGGAGAAGAAUGGAUGGUUGCACUAUUCCUAUUCAAAAAGAAAUGAAGCAGUCAAUGCUGAUUUCCACCUGAAACCAACAUUGGAGGAUAAAAGUAUGUUCAUUUUGCAAUAAAUGGCUGCUAUAUGCAAUUAUUACUUCUAUAACAGGAACUCCAGAAUUGUUGAAUAACAUAUUCAUACCUGAUGAAAUUGGUCUUCCAGGGCUCUUGUAUUCCAAGAAAGCUGUAACAACCGCAUCAGGAACCAAAAUAGCCUAUUUUUUCCAAUGUUUUACUUGGUGCUGUUAUCUUAUAUGUUGGUAAUCCUUGCUAGUUUUUUAUUUGUUAA